UCGCUAACUCAUGUACAUUGUCACCAUAUUCGUUUGUUUAUUCAGAUGUAACCGUUUGGAGUGAAAACAAGAAAACGACACUCACAAUGAGGAUGGCAUGUAUCCGCUGGUUUAAUUAUCGGUGAAUAUGCAUUACCAUAUGAGAGUGGACAUUGUUAAUGCUCUGACGUUUCUAAAAUCAGUUUAGCAAGGUGAUGUGGAUGCUUCUUUGCCCUUGAUUACAUGGAUGCAGAAUAUUUUUAUCGAAGAGGUUUGGUUGCUGAAUAUCGUGGUUUUUGUUAGCUGCAAUGCAUCGAAGAUGACUAAACAGACGAUAAAAGCUGAGUUGGCCUCCUCAGAACGAUAUAUUUGAAAAUGAUUUGCAGUUACACACAUUUUUGACGAUCCACCCAAAAGCCGAUAUAUCAACAACAGGUUAUCGGAUUACAAUUAACGUAUUGUGAACGUUUCGUGAGAAGGCGUCUACAUCGUGUCCACAGUUGCUGGGGUGCAUCAUAUCGGUUGGGUAUCAACAUAUAUCUCCAGGACACAGCAAGGACGUUUAAACAGUUUGUACAGACUUUAAAUUGGUUAAGAUUUGAAGGAGCUUGAAUAUGUUGAAUUUAACAGGCGGGGUCUCUAAUCACACCAAUCAACCAAUAUCGAUUGCUGUUUGGAAUAUGCCGAUAUACACAGUUAUACUAAGUGUUAUAUAUCUGGCGCUUGAUGUCGUGUUUGGAUUAUUAACAAAUACAUUAUUGAUAAUGAUUAUUUAUAAUUCCCCAAGCCUUCGGACACCACCUAACAGUCAUCUUGUAAACAUUAGUAUCAACAAUAUUUUGUUAUGUGUAUGUAUUGUGUUUUCAUUGACAACUGUGAGCGCCAGACCUGGUGAUAUGACUGAUAAUAGAAUACUGACCGGUGUUCAGCUUUUCCUCACAUCCGUUUGCUCAAUGCAAUAUCUGUGUACAUUCGCAUCUAUUGGAUUCUACAGAAACCGGACAAUGCAGAAGCCAUCACUUACACUGAAGGUCAGACGGACAAUUGUAUCAAGGUCAAUUAUCAUUAGUAUCCUGAUUACUUACUUGUUAGGACUAGUGUUUACGAUUGCCUUCCUUCGUGACGAUGAUGAUGUAAGCUUGACACUAAACCCGUUCCAAAGAAGGUUUGAGGUUAACGCCGUGCCGGCAAACGUACAAUUAACUGCAGACCAACUAUGCGCUCUUGGAUUCAUUAGUAUAGUUUAUACGGUCGGAUUGAUUAUCACAUUCCGAUGCUACUAUAACAUUUGUCGUACUCUGAAUAUUACUGGUACGAUAGGAAGAAAUAGGGUUUUACCAUUGAACAGAAAUUGCAGCUUGUCAUCUGAUGCUACAGGCGAUUUGAACAUCCACAGUAGAACAACAUAUGCACCGGAAGACACUAACAGCUUUUCAAGACCAUAUUCAAUACAAAGUGACGAUUUAGACAGUUCUAUUAUUGUCCACUAUAAACGUAACGAAAAUUUAUUGGCGUUUGAAGAUAUUUUUGCUCUGGAAAACCCUAUUCUCGCGGCAAGUCUGAAAACUCGAUUAAAUCCGAAGAUUGCCCUUGGUAAUACAUUAAGUAACUCUAGUUCGAUUUCAACCAGAUCAGUAUGUCCGAAUUUCGCGGAUAUUUCCCCUGGUGCUGACCUGCAGCGCCUUCAAACUAUCAAAAAUAACUCGGCAUUAAAGAAGCAAUCUUUACGACGAGACAGAAUCAGUUUAAGUAGUGCUACCAAGAACAGCAUUAUCAUGCUGACGGCUUACAUCAGCUGUACGUUUCCAUUGCUCCUCUGCAGUAUACCUGGAAUUCUGGAUGGCAUGGGAACAAAUCGAAUUUUUGUAUUACUAUGUUGUAGGUUGUUGUUUUAUCUUAACGUUUGUAUUUAUCCAUUGUGGUAUUUGUUGUUCAGUAAGCGAGUGAGAAAAUGUAUGUUUCGUUUGUUUGAGAAUGUACUUAUUUGUCUCAAAGUGAGACGAUAGACAUAUUUCGUCUGUUUAAGAAUGUUCUUGUUUGUCUCAAAUUAAUACGAUACACCAGUUUCAACUGUCUGAAAAUGUAUAUAUUUUUCACAACGUGGAUAAUAUAAAGGAAUUGAAUAGGAAAUAAAUGCUGAUCGAUAGGACAUUUGACCUACCAUUAUGCCUUUAAACAGAGAAAAUACACUUGCAUGUUGUUUUUGUUUCAAGGCGAAUGAAGUUUGAAUUAAAUAUAUCAAUACAUUGCAUGAAACAUUUUCGUCUGCCACCAGUUCCUGUUACUGCUAUGUUUAUUACAUUUUACGGCAAAAUGACUGCGGCAACAUGCAAUGCUUAUAAAAACACCUUUCUUAAUAUUCUUAAUAUUUAUUUCUGCGUGACAAUACCAUAUAGGUGCAGUAACUAAAAUUGACAAUAAAAUCAAGAAAUAAACAAAUAUCAAUUUGUAACUGGAUUUUCCUUAUUUCGCAUAUAUACAUAUACUAUUACGGUUUGUACACGCAUGGUUUUUUUUUUAUAAAAAAAAAACCAUGACAAGAAUUCACAUACGGUAUCAUACACGCGGCUUAUUGUCUAAUACUGGUGAAUAAACAAUAAGAUGGCCAUACAUUUUCGGCUACAAUAUGUAAUGUUUUAUAUAUUAUGUGGACAGUUAAGGUAUAUUUUAUAUAUUCAAUAAAUAUAAGCAUACAUUUUAAGGUACAUUUUUGGUCCCCUGAGAUGAAGUUUAAAUAUUUUGUACCAUGCUUUAUUAUAUUUGGAUGAAUUAUUUACUUAUAUAUAUGUAUUAUCAUUGUGUAAUUGUCCAUAACA